GGAGAGGGAGACGGAGAGGGAGUUGGAGGAGAGCGGGGCCUGUCUCUGUGUGGGUCUCGUCUGUGCCAUGAGCUGUCCCACUCGUGGUUUGGCCUGGCCAUCGGGGCCCGGGACUGGACAGAGGAGUGGAUCAGUGAGGGCUUUGCCACCUACCUGGAGGACAUCAUCUGGGCCCGGGCACAGCAGUUGUCCAGCAAAGAGACAGAGGAACAGUCUCAACUCAAGGCUCUGCUGAGGUGGAGGAGACUCUCAGACGAACUACAGAACUCCGAGGAGCAGCUGCAGAUCCUCAGGCCCAACAUGGAGAGUACAGGCCAGGUCAGUGAGUCUGGGUCGUCCCUGGUCAAACAUGCCCUCAACCCUGAGAAAACCUUCAUGCAAGUCCACUACCUCAAGGGCUACUUCCUCCUCAGGUUCCUGGCCAGUAAGGUAGGACUUGAAUACUUCCUCCACUUCUUCAGACUCUUUAUAAAGAAAUACCAUGGACAACUGAUUCUCUCUCAGGAUUUCUUGCAAAUGCUGCUGGAGACCUUUCCUGACAUGGAGCGACAAGGCCUAACCCUUGAAGCUAUUUAUGCAGACUGGCUGGAUCGACCAGGAGUUCCUAAGUGGCUGUGUGAAGGGAGUGUCGUAUGGACACAGACUCGGCUGGUGGAAGACGUCAAAGCAGAGGUAGCAAAAUGGAUUGGUCUCAGUCCGAGCGUUGGAAAAGGCAGAAAGCGGAAGAAAGCUGGACUGAACGUGAACUUCAAAGAGGUGAUGCCGGAGCAGCUGGUGUUGCUAUUGGAGAUUCUGCUGGAGGAGGCGGAGCUAAGUGUGACAUCACUACGUACGAUCAAGAGAACCUACGAUCUACCGAAGCAGGACGCUGAGGUGAGGCAUCGCUGGUGUGAGCUGGUGAUCAAACACAAAUACGCUCAGGCUUAUGGAGAUGUGGAGCACUUCCUCAUACACGACCAGGCCAUGGGUGUUUAUCUGUACGGGGAGCUGAUGAUUCAAGAGGACUCUAGACAACAGGCUCUGGCCAGGCGCUGCCUCUCAUUGGUCCAGAACGAAAUGGACCAAUCAGCUCGCAGAGUGGUAGAGGAGAUGGUCCUAUGAGGUGGCACACAAAAGGCUGCCCAGCUGCCCGCCUUGGGACAUGGAAGGGAGAGGAAACACUGAGAAAGUAAUGCUCUCACUACUUCCCCUCCAGACAGGAAGACCAAACGCCAACCUGUUUUCUUUCCUGCAUGAUCAAUGAAGUUAAAGUACUGUACUGUACAUACUAAUAGUAAUAGGUGAUGUGUAGAUAGGCCUGCGUCCCAAAAUGGCACCCUAUUUCCUAUAUAGUGCACUACUUUUGACCAGUGCCCUAUUAGCCCUUUGACUUUGGGCAAAAGUAGUAAACUAUAAUGGGAAUAUGGUGUCAUUUGGUACGCCCAUAGUUAUGUUCUCCAGAAUUCUCAAAAAUAUAGGUAUCGAAAAGAAAGACUCAUGGCAUUUGUAUAAAUAUAAUAAUGCCUCUUUACUGAACUUUCUGAUUUAGCCUCAGUUUCAAUUCUCCUCAUUAGGAAAUGCGACAGAAUGAGGUUUGGGUCUUGGAGGUGUCCUUUGAUGUGGAGAUUUGGGUCUUGGAGGGGGGCUUUGAUGUGAGUGUCUCUUGUGUGUUUGAACGUGGGAUCGUUUGUACAUUCAUUCUGCAAAAAAAAAAACAGUACAGCUACAGUCACUCACCCUUCUAGAUAACUUGAAACAGUCUAACCAGGUCUUGUGUCUGGAAGCCACCUGCAGAUUCAUACUACAGCUAUGACAAUCCGUUUGUAUUACUAGUAGUAUGGGUUGGGAUUACGGUUCAUUUUUUUUUUAGCUAGCUAGCUACAUUACACGGCCCAUCAAGUUAGCCAGUUGUAUCUGGGGGUGAUUACGGCCAUCUACUGUAUUUCAUGAACAUGUGUACAUGUCUAGACAAUAGUGACCCAUCCACUUAGCUGGAUGUGACUGGGGAGUGGUUAUAGCAUGACCCAUCCAAUGUAAACAAGUGUGUCUGGGUAAGCAGCUGAUAAUGAUCAAAUAUUUUUAUCUGGACACCCUUUGUUUUUUUAUAUUGCUACUAAUCAAAUAUGUAAGUAAACAUUUCACUGUACCGUUUACACCUUUGUAUCCUGUGCAUGUGACAAAUAAACAUUGAUUUUAUUUGA